AUGGACGACAAGCCUCUGCCUCUGCGCGCCGACGAGCCCGACUCUCGAAACAGCCUACGACACAUUCUGGCCGCAGACCCCCAAAUGGACGACUCCAAGCCCGACGCAUCCCAAGCAAACACGCCCGUCCCCGACGAGAGCGAAGCGGGCGGCGAUGCGCCAGAUGCCUCGCGCCCAGCCAACGACAACGACCCUGCCCGGCCCUACUACACGGCCACGACGACGACGACGCGCCGCAAUGCCAACGGGAGCGUGUCGUCCGUCUACAGCGGGAACAAGAUCAAGCACCUCAAGAAGGACGAUGGCAUUCCCCUGUGGCGCAAGGACAUCCAGUUCGACUUCCUCAAGCUCGUCUUCGAGGACGACAAGCGCGUCUUCACCAAGCAGUCGGACAGCACCAGCGGACACACCUUUGCCGACAUCUACCUCGAUGCCAUGGCCAAGAGCAGCAAGUGCAGCAAGAUCCUCAAGGACAAGCUUCUGACCGAGCGCCCGGCUGCCAUCAACAUGGCCAUGGUGUGUCUGCUCGUCAACGUCGGCCGCAUGAACACCACCCUCAACUUCUUCCCCGAGAUGCGCGCCCAGCUACGGACCUACCACUCCAUCCCCUCCCUCCAAGCCCACCAAGACCCCAACGCCUACAAACAGCUGCAGGAUGCGCCGCGCUUAAAGUCCAUCCUCAAGGGCGCAACUGAGGACCAAGAGCAGCCCAGCACCAUCGAGGAGAUCAUGGCAGCUUCCAUCCCGCGCACCAAUCCCGUCAACCUCAUCUUUGUCCUGUCGCAAUACGCGCCCAAGAUCUCGGAGUUGCACUUCUUCCCGCCUCGCGAUUUCUUCGACCUCGUCAUGCGCUCUAACCUGAGCAGCAAGAGCAGAGCCACAGCCUUCCUGUGGCUCAUGUGGUGGUAUCUCGAGAGCGACUUCACCAAGGAAGCCGCCGAGAAGAAUCCCUUUGGCCCUGGCCAGAUGGGACCCGCCGACGACCCGACUACAGCCGAGUUUCCCAUCAAGUGUCCGCCUUUCGAGAUACUUUCGCCCGAGCAAGAGGCCCUAGAGAACGUCGAUUCGGUCGAAGAGAAGACAUUUGGUGAGAUUAAGCGCAAAGAGAGGACUGCUAUAUUGGCAAGCGACAUGGCGCCCGUCGUCACAGGCCCCAAACGGACUAACAAAAAGGGCUUCAAUCAAAACCCCGUCUUCUCAAUAGCCGCCGAUGACGGUGCUUCGACACCUGGGCGUGACAGACAGUCGCCAUCCCAUGGCUCUGCACGAGGACGUGGCAAGCUUGCCAAAUCCAUCAUCGAACGAGAUUACCCCUCAGACACCGACCGAACCCGCUCAGCAUCACCUCCUAACAGCGUCUACAAUACAGCGAAGAAGGUGGCUACGCCCAACAUGCGCAUAAAUACCCUCCUUAACGAAGACGGCCCCGCUUCAUCUCCCGCAGCCAAGGGCCCUGGCCGCGGGAACUGGUCCCGCAACCGCACAUCAGGGAUAGGCGCCGGAGGAACACCAGCAGCACGAAGCUUCAAGACCAAACUCGACGCACCAACCUCGCAAGACGGCCAGUCCCCCUCUACAUCUGCGCCCACCUUCAACGGCCCACACGGCUUCUACCUCCCACUCAACGGCUCCGAUCCGUCGCACAAACGAACCCGUCCCCUCACACAACACCAACUCGCCGUCGAGCAAUACCGACGACGGCGCGUAGACGUCAUCCUCGACCGCGGAAUUCGCAUCGAAUACGCCGCCGCCGCAAAACGCCGUCGCAAAGCCAACCCCUUCAUACGCAGCUGGAUCCGCUGCAAAGGCAUGGCAGAUGGCUACGAUACAGACGAAGAAUCGCAUGCGCAAUACGCCCAACUCUCCGACUACGAACUCGGUACCAAGACCCCGCCACCCAUGCCCUCUGGUCUCGUUCCCUUGGAUUUUGGCGGCGAAGUCAACGACCACGGCGAGGAAUCUUACUACCGCGCCAAGAUGCUUAGUAGGGCGCUGCGUCGUCUAGAUCGCUGGGAAGGAGGUGGAAAGAGUGGGUCUAGAAGGAGGCUCAAGGGGGAGAGGGGCAGUGGGCUACCAGACGUUAAUGAAGGGCGACCUGUUAUCGGCAGUGAAGAUGAGGAUGACGAGGACGAGGAUGGCGACUUGAUGGAUGUGGAUGAGAUGGAGAGGAGGGAGGCGUUAGAGGAUGAGAGUGCUGAGGAUAGCGAUGACGAUGUUGAUAUGGAGGGUGAGAGGAGGUGGGAUUCUAAUACCCUUCCACCUUUGCCUAGGAUGGCGUAG